UUCGUAUGUCAUUGUUACCCGUGUGCUGACGCUGUUCCAGUGUUGGUACCUGUCUGUUCUGCAUUAAAUGUUCAACACCCCGUACCGUCUUCUCAUCUCCAGUCCUUUCAAAGCCAUCAAAUACCAAUCUCCAAUGACCAUUUUUCUUCUGAACCAUACUAAUUAGUCAUUGACCCAUUAUUUUUCCAGAAAAUCCAGCUUCCCAUGUCAUGAUCUGCUCUAUUUCCAGGGUGUGGUGGUGAGCCAGACGACAGCUCCCACGAUGGUUCCUGCUGUGAUGAACACCACAUUCAUUGAGAAUGUGACGGCGACCACCAGAGUCAGUGAGACCACCACAGUCAGUGAGAAUGUGACUGUGACCACACCCAUGAUCCUCAGCACCACAUCCCCAGGCUGCUCUGCCCUCAACACCUCCACCUGUGAGACCUGUGUCCCAGGGUCCUACUCUGACAAUGACACCCUGCUGUGUUCCUGCUGCCAUGAGCCAGGGCUGUGUCUGUUCGCUGGGGCUUGCCUCCCAUGUUCCAGAGGGUUCUUUCAGCCUCUGGCUGGACAACAGCGAUGUCAGCCCUGCAGCCAGGGUUUUUACACCAAUUUUACCGGCAGCCUUAUGUGUCAGUCCUGCUCCCCAGGCUCCUACAGCAACAACACAGGCUCCGACUCCUGCCGAAGCUGUUCUCCAGGUUUCUAUACAUCACAACAAAAUGCCACAUCGUGCAGUCCAUGUCAACAGGGAACGUUCUGCAACUCCUCCAGUUGUGCUCUGUGUCAGAUCUGUCCUGCUGGUACAGAGUCUCUGCAGCCAGCUGCCAAGGAGUGCACACCAUGUCGUCCAGGUAUGCACAAGGCUCCCCGUCAGAGUAUGUGUCAAAUCUGCAGCAGCGGCUUCUUCCAGAUCCGCUGGGGCCAGGAGACCUGUAACCUCUGCCCUGAAAACCACUACUGCCCAAGUCCAGAUGUGAACCCCAUCCUGUGCCCCGGUGAUGCCUUCUGUCCUGAAGGCAGCACUGCUCCAGGUUACUGCAUGGAGACCUUCUUUCGCAAGGCAGGGGAGGAGUGUGAGCUGGCCCCCGUCACCAUUGCUCUACUUGUCAUAGGAGGAGGAGUGGCCCUACUCUUCAUCAUCCUGCUGGUGUUGCGUCGAAGGCGAGACACAGACGGAGAGCUUUCCCUCGUACGACAACCUCUGUUACGCAAAGAGCGGCCGCAAGGUCGAUACUAUGGGAUCCCAUGUGAUGCCGAGCCAGUAUACGCUGGUUGGUGAGCAUGUCCCCAGCCCCAUCUGAUGCCUCAAAUUAUUGGGGUAAAAUGUCUGGCUUUCAGAGCAGAAUCAACGUACCUCAGCUUUGGACUAAUGGACCAUAAGAGAAAGCAGACUCACACCAAAUCCUAGCCAUGGUUUACCAUGUCCAUUUGAGUACUUUUGAUAACUCACCAGCUCUUUCAUGCGGUACAUCUUCUAGAUGUAUUAUUUUAUUUAUUUAACUAGGCAAGUCAGUUAAGAACAAAUUCUUAUUUUCAAUGACGGCCUAGGACCAGUGGGUUAAAUGUCAGCAAUUUAAUUCCUCUUUAGGUUAAUUAGGGCAAUGGUUUAAAGAGGCACACUGGAUGGUUGAGGAGGUUUGAAAAGUGCUUGUUGAGCCUCUUAUCAGGACUUUAUAUGAAAAGCACUUUUGUUUUUGUUUGUAAAUGUUACUGCAUUCAUUUAUGGUAGAUCGAAAGUUAUGCUUUAAAGAUUGUUUUAAGUAAAUGUUCCCCUCUUUCACAGAAAUAAUCUUUCCUGGUUAUACAGAUGAAUGAUAUUGAUGAUGUGAGGUACUAUGUAUUAUCUUUAUGUUUGAAAUGCAUCACAUAACAUCUAUAUUCAGCAUUAGCAAUGUUUUUGACCUGUUCUUUAAAAGAAAAGUAUAUUUGUAUGUUUUAAAGAAAAACACCAACUCCACUCCAGGGUAUAUACUGGAAUAAAGCACAACUUUGCACUACUUUCAAGUGAAAUUCUGUUGUAUAAUUACUAGCCUAUAAGAUGCAUACUGAAGUUAUUUCCAUGAUGCAAGUUUAUUAACAAAAUAUCUGUAAAACCCGCAAUAAACACCAAAAGGAUGUUUCAUGA